CAGAUCCGAAUCUUCAGACCUCCAAGUUAUUCUGGGACUAUGGCACUGAUUCUGCUGGUUUCGCUGAUUGGUGGCAUCCUUUAUCUCAAGCGCAACAAUCUCGAGUUCCUCUACAACAAAACAUCGUGGGGAGUUUUUUCAGUGGUGUUAAUAUUAGCAAUGACAUCAGGGCAGAUGUGGAACCAUAUAAGAGGGGCACAACUGAUGUACAGAAAUCCACAGGAUGGGCAAUGGCAUUACAUCCAUGGUAGCACACAAUCCCAGUUCAUCGUGGAGUCCUACAUUGUCAUAUUCCUCAAUGCAGCGAUUGUGGGUGGCAUGUUCAUGUUGAGUGAAGUUGGCGAGAAUAAGAAAGAUUCUGGGAAGAAAAAGUUCUACGCACUGUGUGGUCUGGCAGUCGUGGCAAUUUUCUUCAGCUUCAUGUUGUCCAUCUUCAAAGUUAAACACAGAGGAUAUCCAUACAGGUUAGGUACAUUGUGUGUGUGCGUGUGUGUGUGCGUGUGUGUGCGUGCGUUUUUGUGUGAAGAUCGAUCUUUGUAUUAA